AUGGAUAUAUCAUGGAAAAAUCGUCUUCAAGAAUAUUGUCAAAAGCGAAAGAUUUCUUUGCCUACUUAUCGAAUUAAAAAUCAAUCUGGCCCAGGACAUAUGCCGGAAUUUCAGGUUGAAGUUAAAGUAAAUAAUCAGUGGUAUGUUGGUGAUGAAUCAUGUGUAACCAAAAAAGAAGCUGAACACUCGGCAGCUAAAAACGCAUGGGAAUCUCUAAUGGGUAGAAGUGUAUAUUCAGUUGAAACUUCGGAAUCUUCACAACUCUCAACAACAGUCGAUGCUUCUGAAGAACACUUGGAUUCAGUGCCAUCAGACUCGAAAAUACCAGAGUUUAACUUAAUGAAUCAUUUACCUGAUGAAUAUGCCUAUAUUGAACAAUUUAUAGACGCUAAAGUUAAAGAACAUGGUGGACGAAUCCGAAAAAUAGUACCGCUACGUACACCAGGACAAUAUAAAUUCGAAAUUGCUGGUCCUUAUCGUUUCUGUGAAAAUGUCCAACGACACCAUAGAAAAAAUCAAAUCUAUUUUCUUGUUCAUCCUAUGGAAAAAACAUAUUUUCAGAAAUGUCAUGAUCCAGAAUGUUAUGGUUUUCGUUCAGUGUUGAAAAAUAUUGCAGAAGAACAAAAAAAAGCAUUGAUUGGUUCUAGCAAAAAUCAUUCAACAGAUCGCUGUUCAGGUUGUAAAAUAUUGUUAACAUCAAAAAAUCGAAGCGAAUGUGAACGUUGUGACGAAAUGUUCUGUGGAAAAUGUACUCGUGAAUGUGAAUUAUGCUGUGAUGCAAUUCAUUGUGAACGGUGUUUCGAAUCAUGUUUCGAUUGUCAUGAUUCAUAA